AUGAGUAUGAUUAUGGCGAUAGACGUUCUCGGCACACGCCACCACGACGCCCCGGCCACCGACACGAUGAACGGUAUACGGAUCGCGGCCAUCAUCAAAGACAAUCCAGAUCCUAUUAUGAUUAUGACCGCGAAGACAAUCAGCACGCAGAUCUUCGAUAUGGCGACGAUUAUGGCCGUCUAUUCGGGGGACGAAUUGGACCCAGAAAGAGGCCGGGUUGAAGGGAGUGUAGCCUCGCAACACAACAAAAAUGGCCCUAUUCAACAGUCAGUGAGCGAACGGGGAAAUACCCCAGCUUUCGCUCAUAUUUCUAAACAAGAUGCUGAAACUCAGAAGAUUCAGGCAGCACCCUCGGCUCUAGUUUCCAGCGAUAAAUAUCGCGAAAAUGAUUCGGCGAAUGAAAGCUUUGAACAGUCAUCGAUUGAGCCUCUGGAUGAGGCUGCCCAGCUUGAGGCUCGCCGUAAACGGCGCGAAGCUAUAAAAGCCAAGUACAGGGGCCAGGCGACGCCCUUGCGAAUCCAAGCACUGCAUCUUGGCGGUGAUCGAGACUCGACUCCUCCAACAAGUCAGGCAGUCACCCCAAGCAACGAGACUUCAGAUGCCCAAAUCUCGGCUGCUCUCACUCCGGAUGAGAGUCCCGGCAACAUGUUCGCCGAAUUUAACAUCGGCAAAGACGCCGAUCUGGUUGACGGUACAGCUCCUGCAGACGGUGGUGACAAAGAUGAGCCCUCGGCUGCCGAUUAUGACCCUACUAUUGACAUGAAAGCUGAAAGGGAACGACACGGCCGGCAGAGCGCACCUGACGAGGUUUCUGCCGCAAGCUACGAUGAAACGCAAACUAUUAAGCAAGAUGUACUUCUUCCAGACGCCCCGCAACUGUCGGAACCGAAUGCCAAGGAUCCUUAUGAUAUGUUUGCGGAUGAUGAUGAUGACAUGUUCGCUGAAGAGAGCCAUGAAUCAGUUCAGCCAACUCACGCAUCUGCUUUGCCUGCCGUACCUCAACCUCGAGAACUCGAUAUUAGCAUGAUGGAUAACUGGGACGAUCCUGAAGGAUACUAUAAUGUUCGGCUUGGUGAGUUGAUCAAUGCACGAUACCAUGUCCAACAGAACCUGGGAAAGGGUAUGUUUUCAUCGGUAGUACGUGCGACGGACUCAAAGACUGGCAAACUCGUGGCGAUCAAGAUCAUCAGGCAAAACGACACAAUGAAAAAGGCAGGGUUGAAAGAGAUCAACAUUCUCGAACAGCUUCUGGAGGCAGAUCCCGAGGACAAGAAACACGUAAUCAGAUUUGAACGGAGCUUUGAGCACAAGGGACACUUGUGCAUGGUCUUUGAGAACCUCAGUAUGAAUCUCCGAGAGGUCCUGAAAAAAUUCGGUCGGGAUGUUGGGUUGAAUCUACGGGCGAUUCGAGCGUACGCUCAGCAAAUUUUCCUUGGACUCAGCCUGCUUCGCAAGUGCAAUAUCCUCCAUGCGGAUCUCAAGCCUGACAAUCUUUUGGUUAACGAACAACGCAACAUCCUGAAAGUAUGCGACUUGGGUUCAGCCUCGCCAGCUUCAGAUAAUGAGAUCACACCAUACCUGGUCAGUCGAUUUUACCGCGCGCCGGAAAUCAUUCUCGGGAUUCCCUACGACUACGCUAUCGACAUGUGGUCAAUUGGAUGUACGCUAUUUGAGCUCUAUACCGGCAAGAUCUUGUUCACAGGGCGAAACAACAAUCAGAUGCUCAAGUCGAUCAUGGAGUGUCGUGGCAAAUAUCCGCCUAAGCUUCUACGGCGAGGCUCAUUGGCGCACCUACACUUCGACGACAUGAUGAAUUUUCACAGCCAGGAAGAAGACAGGAUCACUGGCCGGAUUGCCACUCGGGUGCUAGAUUUCAAAAAGCCGACCCGGGAUCUGAAGACAAGGCUCUUGGGCAAGGGGCCCCAAAAAAUGACGGAUAGUGAAGCAAAGGAGCUGGGUCAUUUUGUGGAUCUCCUCGACCGAUGCUUGAGUCUAAACCCGGAGAAGCGAUGUACACCAGCUGAGGCGCUGAAGCAUCCUUUCAUCUUACGCCCGAAGAUGUAA